AUGGAGAGCGUGCGCCUGGUCCAGUACACGUACCUACAGCAGAGAUACGUGGUCGUCCACUUCUUGGAGGAGGACUGUGCCUUUAAGGAGGAGAUCAGCUACUCCGGCUACAACGUGUAUUGGUCCCCAACGCACCAGCGCCCUGUGACCCUGAGCAGCGCCAAGCAGAGACCCCAGGUGUGGCCUUCCUACUUCCUGCCGCUGCUGCCCCAGGCCGAGGACAAGGACCCCCUGGAGCCCGAGCCCGCGCUGCCCCUGGAGCCGGACAGCAUGGAUCCCUUUGGGAUGGCGAGUGAACUCGGCCUGAUCAAGAGUCCCAGCUUCCAGAAGUGA